CUGAAGAAACAGAUAACCAAAUUAGAAGUGUCCAAUUUAGCUUCAAAACCUUGGCAGAUGUCUGGUGAAGUUGGCUCCACUUUACGUCCAGAAAAUAGUUUACUGGAAGAACAUUUACAAUUUGAUCACACAACAAAAAUGAUUCCUGUGAUAACUGAAGAAACUUCUAAAAAUAUAGAAGAUAUUAUUUUACAGAGAAUUAAAGACAAGGCAUGGGAUGAUGUAGAGAGAAAAGUCAAGCCAACAGAAAAUACUAUGGAAUAUAAAAAACGAAUUGUAUUAGAUCAGGAAAAAAGUAAACAAAGUCUAGCCCAGAUAUAUGAAGAUGAAUAUAUUAAACAACAGAAAAAAGACAAGGUAAGAGAAGAAGAUGAAGAAGAGAGAAAUCCUGAAAGAGAAGUAAUAAAAGAGAUGAUGCAAUCAUUAUUUAUUAAACUUGAUGCUUUAUCUAACUUCCAUUACACACCUAAACAUAUUCAACCAGAGUUACGUGUUAUAUCUAAUUUACCAUCAAUAGCAAUGGAAGAAGUGGCACCAGUUUCUAAGAGUGAUGCUCAACUUGUUGCACCUGAAGAAAUUAAGGCCAAGGUUAAAGGUGAACUUAAAGGCACAACUGAGAAGUCUGAAACAGAUAGGAAGAGGGAGAGAAGGAAAAAGAAAGCAGAAAAACGAACAAAGAUAAGAGAGAAAGCUAGACACGAGAAACUAGUCAAUAAGAUGAAUCCAGGUCUAGGCAAUAAAUACAGUAAAGAAAGCGCCUUGAAGGAUUUAGAGAAAAGCAGUAAAAUCAACAAAAAUGAUGUCACUGUUUCUGACAAGAAGAAAUCCUCACUAACAUCCUCUACAACAUUCUUUAAACAAUUACAAGAAGAAGUUCAAUCUCAAGUCCUAUCUCGCAAAGCAGAGAAACAGAAACGAAAAAAUCAGGUUGUAGCAAAUAAUUCAGCAAAAAAAUUAAAACUGUAA